UGUCCUCUUUAACGCUAUAACACCUAGAGCCAGCGCAAGGGCUUAUUCCCCUUGGCCCCGACGUUAUCUUACCUGGAAAUCAUGUUUUUUUCUCCAGUGAGAUCGACGGCGGUUAUCACCGUUCGCCUCCAGGUGUUAUAGGGUUAAGAAACUCUCUAACAAGUUCAUGCUGCAAUAGACUCCAACCUAGCAUCUUCCGUUGAUGUCCAUUGCAAUAUCACAAAUUUAGUAUUUUUUGCAAACUUCUCUACAGGCUUAUGCUGCACCCUAAUGCCACCAACCUAAAUUCGAAUGCUCUAUGCAAUCACUGAGUUCAAGCAUACUGUGCUAUACACCCAAGCGAAGAGUCCAUUGAUCAUGUUCUCUGUUAUGCAGAGUACUUCAUAACACUUUUUGUAUCAGCUAUACACCAACAAGUUAAAAUGUACGUUUGUUCAUCCUGAAUAUGAAAGAGGCAAUAAUUGGUGGAGCCCCAUAGCCUAGUGGUCAAUACUGCUUCCUACCCUGCAAUAAGGCUCGGGUUUGAUCCCCUUCUCAAGGAACUGUGUGGUCAACACUGCUUCCUACCCUGCAAUAAGGCCCGGGUUUGAUCCCCUUCUCAAGGAACUGUGUUGUCAACACUGUUUCCUACUCUGCAAUAAGACCCGGGUUUGAUCCCCUUCUCAAGGAACUGUGUGGUCAACACUGCUUCCUACCCUGCAAUAAGGCCCGGGUUUGAUCCCCUUCUCAUGGAACUGUGUUGUCAACACUGCUUCCUACCCUGCAAUAAGGCCCAGGUUUGAUCCCCUUCUCAAGGAACUGUGUGGUCAACACUGCUUCCUACCCUGCAAUAAGGGCCGGGUUUGAUCCCCUUCUCAAGGAACUGUGUGGUCAACACUGCUUCCUUCCCUGCAAUAAGGCCUGGGUUUGAUCCCCUUCUCAAGGAACUGUGUUGUCAACACUGCUUCCUACCCUGCACUAGAUCCGGGUUUGAUCCCCUUCUCAAGGAACUGUGUUGUCAACACUGCUUCCUACUCUGCAAUAAGGCCUGGGUUUGAUCCCCUUCUCAAGGAACUGUGUUGUCAACACUGCUUCCUACCCUGCACUAGAUCCGGGUUUGAUCCCCUUCUCAAGGAACUGUGUGGUCAACACUGCUUCCUACCCUGCAAUAAGGCCUGGGUUUGAUCCCCUUCUCAAGGAACUGUGUUGUCAACACUGCUUUCUACCCUGCAAUAAGGCCUGGGGCCUUUUUCAUGAAGCCUUCUUAGGGCCUAGUAAGCACUUACGUAUUACUAGGUCGUUAUUAGCGAAUUACGCGGUAUUCACGAAGCACCCGUAACUUCAAUCUAUUUCGCAAGUCGUUACUAGUGUUACGUGAGGUGUUCGGGCUUCUUAGCGUGUUAUCAGUCCAUGCUUAGAUAGUUGGACACAUUUUUAGACAAGGAGCAUGGCUGCGUCGUUGAUUGUGUUGGAAAAUUUGGAAGCAAGGCGGGCUUUACGACGGCAGCGUGUGUUUAGAGAUCGUCUACAACCGCUUGACGUCUAUGAUGACGUAGAUUUGUACAGACGAUACCGGAUGACUCGGCCGGUCCUUCUCGAAGUUAUCGACCUGUUGCAGGAUGACAUUGCCCCGUAUACGCUGCGCUCGCACGCCGUUCCAGCAACUCUCCAAGUUUGCGUUGCGCUUAGAUAUUUUGCUACUGGCAGUUUGCAGUUGGACAAUGGAGACAUGUCAAAUGGCUUGAGUCAACCUACGAUAUCAAGGAUUAUUACCAGAGUUGCAACUGCUUUGCAGGGUAAAGCAAAACAUUUCAUAACAUUUCCUCGAACAGCUGCUGAGCAAGAACGUCAGAAGGAAAGAUUUUAUACAGAACGCCAUCGGAUUCCGAACGUUAUUGGCUGCGAAGAUGGAUCCCUUAUUCCGAUCAAAUGUCCAUCCGUAAACGAGAAUGCAUACGUGUGCAGGAAACAGUGGCAUGCCAUUAAUGUGCAGGGGAUUUGUACUUAUGAUUUGAAAUUUUCAAAUAUAGUAGCCCGAUGGCCAGGUGCCACCCAUGAUGCGUUUAUCUGGUCCAACUGCAAUUUAAAGGUGAAGAUGGAACGCGGCCUGAAUGAUGGAGGAUACUUGCUCGGUGACAGUGCCUACCCACUUAGACCCUGUCUCAUGACCCCAGUCUCCCGCCCAGCAGAUGCAGCGGACAGACAAUACAACGUUCACCACAGGCGAGUACGAAACAUCAUUGAACGAACCUUUGGAAGAUGGAAAAACCGAUGGAGGUGCUUGCACAAAGAAGGUGGAACUCUUCGAUUAAGCCCCGAGAAGUGUUGCUCGGUGAUCAUUGCAACAUCUGUGCUACAUAACAUCUGUGAAAACCACGGCCUCCCUGUCCCAAACGACCCACCAGCCAAUGUGGAUAAUCCCGAUGAUGACGUCAACAAUAGACCAAUCCUCGAUGUCGAUGUCGAAGAAAGAGGUGUUGGAGAAAGGGCACGCUUGAUAGAUCAGCAUUUCAGGAAUAUGUAAUGAAGCCGUUGUUCUUCCACGUCAAGUCGCUUGCUCUCGAUUUUGACCCGUUCCUUCUCCACAUCAAUUAGUUCAACGGCAUGUGAAAGCUUCUUAUCUGCGAGAGACAAACCAGUUGAAGACGCCUUGGAAGAGCCAGCAGUGGGACGACAGCUCUUGGGUUGUCGGGCAGGACUUGGCGGCGGUGAAGGGGAUCGGGUGUCAUCUUCUGAGCUGCUAUCGUUCGGGCGCGUGAUGGUUGCUGUAACCUUACGAAUUCUCUGGAAAAUACAUUUGAUAGACUUAAAUGCAAAAAGCCAUUAAACAUGAGUGAGGUCUUAGUAUGUCUUUAGUUGUUAUUUACUUCCUUCUCAUAUAGAAGGCCAGUACUGAAACGGGCACGUCAGGAGAUACGUUUUCUUUCCUAAUAACGACACAAGCAAAUGAGAAAAAGCAUUGCACAGAUCGUUGUGCAGCCACCUGGAAAGUUGCGAUCUUCCCUUAUCACUGCUUAUGCCUCCAGUAAUCAAAAACCUAUUUACCUCGGGUGAUUUCCGCAAUUCAACGGUAUGGAAUGUAUGCAAUGACUUCUUUGCUGCGACAGACAAACCAGUUGAAGACGCCUUGGAAGAGCCAGCAGUGGGACGACAGCUCUUGGGUUGUCGGGCAGGACUUGGCGGCGGUGAAGGGGAUCGGGUGUCAUCUUCUGAGCUGCUAUCGUUCGGGCGCGUGAUGGUUGCUGUAACCUUACGAAUUCUCUGGAAAAUACAUUUGAUAGACUUAAAUGCAAAAAGCCAUUAAACAUGAGUGAGGUCUUAGUAUGUCUUUAGUUGUUAUUUACUUCCUUCUCAUAUAGAAGGCCAGUACUGAAACGGGCACGUCAGGAGAUACGUUUUCUUUCCUAAUAACGACACAAGCAAAUGAGAAAAAGCAUUGCACAGAUCGUUGUGCAGCCACCUGGAAAGUUGCGAUCUUCCCUUAUCACUGCUUAUGCCUCCAGUAAUCAAAAACCUAUUUACCUCGGGUGAUUUCCGCAAUUCAACGGUAUGGAAUGUAUGCAAUGACUUCUUUGCUGCGACAGACAAACCAGUUGAAGACGCCUUGGAAGAGCCAGCAGUGGGACGACAGCUCUUGGGUUGUCGGGCAGGACUUGGCGGCGGUGAAGGGGAUCGGGUGUCAUCUUCUGAGCUGCUAUCGUUCGGGCGCGUGACGGUUGCUGUAACCUUACGAAUUCUCUGGAAAAUACAUUUGAUAGAAUUAAGUAUUGAAUGCUAUGUAAGGAUGAAAUAUCUCGUCAAGAGCCAAGCGCCUAAGAUGGCACUUUUGAAUCUGUAGACAAAUCGGGCGAAAUGUAAUGCAGGAAACUGGAGCGCCCGCAGACGACCAACCUACCUUCGAUUUUUGAAGUGAGAGUGACGCAUUCUGAUCGAAAUAAGAAAUUUCGUCAUCAUCGGCUUCUGUGACAGACGGGGAAAACGGGUAUUGCUGGUUCAUGUCAUCUUCAGGUAGGUCCAGCUCUUCUGUGUCCAUACCAGUAGCGAUUCCUUGUAUCAUUUCGACACCGAUUAGGCCUACGAUCCUUUGCUCGAGUUGCGUUAACUCGGACACAUCAUCGCCAAGGGGUUUGUUCCCGGUCCGCUUGGUCAGUACAUUGAUUUUUGCAGCCUUCUGUUUUGCCUUCGAUUUCAGGUCAUGCCAUUUAUGGUGAACUGCUUCGGUCGUUCUCCGGACGCUUGCCACACUGUUGAUCUUAAGGGUUAUUUCUUUCCACGUGUCGGACUUCCGCUUCAGCGUAAUGACAUCCGAAAACUUGCUGCUGAUCACGGACCACUUCGAUUCCACGAGAUCAACUAACUUUAUAAUUUCAUUUGGGGAAAAAUUCACACCCCGUUUCCUCUUUCCUUCCUCGGGUGGUGGGACAACGGUCUUCUUUCCUUCCUCGGGUGGUGGGACAAUGGUCUUCCUCUUCUUAUUGGUUUUCUCCAUGAUGUUGUCAGGGUGGCGAAUAUCCAUCAAAUGAUGGUAAGCACGUCCAAUUACUGUACAAAUACUCGAUGCCCCUAUUACAAACAGUCAAUGAGGUGAGCUCAAGUGGAUUACGUAACAAUUCUAUACAGAUCACCUCAAGUGCGUACCUGAUAAUAUUUCCCUACGAAGGGUUUAAUAAGUAAUACGGUAAUAAAUCGAUGAUAAUGCUUUGUGAAUAAGACGUAGUGUCUUACUUGGCAGUUACUAAAGUCUUACUACGAGCCACGUAAAUCGUUAUUAGUAACAAUUUUACGAAGGCUUCAUGAAUAAGGCCCCUGGGUUUGAUCCCCUUCUCAAGGAACUGUGUUGUCAACACUGCUUCCUACCCUGCAAUAAGGCCUGGGUUUGAUCCCCUUCUCAAGGAACUGUGUUGUCAACACUGCUUCCUACCCUGCACUAGAUCCGGGUUUGAUCCCCUUCUCAAGGAACUGUGUGGUCAACACUGCUUCCUACCCUGCAAUAAGGCCUGGGUUUGAUCCCCUUCUCAAGGAACUGUGUUGUCAACACUGCUUCCUACUCUGCAAUAAGGCCCGGGUUUGAUCCCCUUCUCAAGGAACUGUGUGGUCAACACUGCUUCCUACCCUGCAAUAAGACCCGGUUUUGAUCCCCUUCUCAAGGAACUGUGUGGUCAACACUGCUUCCUACCCUGCAAUAAGGCCUGGGUUUGAUCCCCUUCUCAAGGAACUGUGUGGUCAACACUGCUUCCUACCCUGCAAUAAGGCCUGGGUUUGAUCCCCUUCUCAAGGAACUGUGUGGUCAACACUGCUUCCUACCCUGCAAUAAGGCCCGGGUUUGAUCCCCUUCUCAAGGAACUGUGUGGUUAACACUGCUUCCUACCCUGCAAUAAGGCCUGGGUUUGAUCCCCUUCUCAAGGAACUGUGUGGUCAACACUGCUUCCUACCCUGCAAUAAGGCCCGGGUUUGAUCCCCUUCUCAAGGAACUGUGUGGUCAACACUGCUUCCUACCCUGCAAUAAGGCCCGGGUUUGAUCCCCUUCUCAAGGAACUGUGUGGUCAACACUGCUUCCUACCCUGCAAUAAGGCCCGGGUUUGAUCCCCUUCUCAAGGAACUGUGUUGUCAACACUGCUUCCUACCCUGCAAUAAGGCCCGGGUUUGAUCUCCUUCUCAAGGAACUGUGUGGUCAACACUGCUUCCUACCCUGCAAUAAGGCCCGGGUUUGAUCUCCUUCUCAAGGAACUGUGUGGUCAACACUGCUUCCUACCCUGCAAUAAGGCCCGGGUUUGAUCUCCUUCU